CAUCUUCUAACAUACGCACACACAUUCCCUUUCGGGAAAAUGCCUGCAGAGAGGUUGGCAAACCAGUAAUUUACCAAUACUUUUUGGGAGUUUUAUUACUAUUUGACUGGCUUCGCCGAGCUAUGGGAGCUUUUCCAACACGAUAAGGAUAAAAUAGCAGCGUGUAGUGGAUUUGGAUAUUCAAACAGUGCUACGAUUGACACUUAGGAAUUAUGAAGGAUUUCUACACACAGUGGGGUUCUAGAGAGUCACUUCUUACUCUAAUAUCUACGUCACAAUGGAUUAUUCUAUCGAUUCUCUUUCUGAUGACCGGGCAAGGGAGUGGUCAGAUAUGCAACACGCCUAAUUGGCGAGAAUAUGGCAAUAACCAGUACCUUAUAGUGAAUGUCCCGGGUAGAACAUGGAAUGAAGCUAAGGAUUAUUGCCGAUCACAGGGCGGAGACCUCGCAGUUAUAACUUCUCAUGAACAAAACUCGUUCUUGAACACUUAUACAUUGAAAGGAGAGGAUGGAUAUUGGAUUGGCCUGAGUGACAUAGAUGGUGAUGGGAAAUACACGUGGGUAAACAACACGCCAUCCGGGUAUUCAAAGUUAAGACCCCAGGGCGAGCGAGAAGGAUGUGUUGUGGUCAUGGCUCAGGCACUACAAUGGGAGAGCCUCGACUGUUCACUAGAACGUCUUCACAUUUGCCAGCGUGAUUCAGGUAAUCUAACUUGA